CCUAGAGGCCCAUCGAUAAUUCUACGCUCGACCUCGGCUUCUAUCGACUCGCUCUGGCUCCCCUCGCCGUCCUGGGCCACGGCGCAGCGCGGAGCCGCCUGUAAGACGCUCUUCUGACCUGUGACCCCUGCCGGUCCGAUCGCGGGCCCUUUGCAGCCUCAGUCUCCCUAACAGCCACACCAUGAACACCUCGCCGGGCACGGUGGGCAGUGACCCAGUCAUCUUGGCCACUGCGGGCUAUGACCACACCGUGCGGUUCUGGCAGGCCCACAGCGGGAUCUGCACCCGCACCGUGCAGCACCAGGACUCUCAGGUGAAUGCGUUGGAGAUCACGCCAGACCGCAGCAUGAUUGCUGCUGCAGGUUACCAGCACAUCCGCAUGUAUGAUCUCAACUCCAAUAACCCCAACCCCAUCAUCAGCUAUGACGGUGUCAACAAGAAUAUUGCGUCUGUGGGCUUCCACGAGGAUGGCCGCUGGAUGUACACGGGUGGGGAGGACUGCACGGCCAGGAUCUGGGACCUCAGGUCCCGGAACCUGCAGUGUCAGCGGAUCUUCCAGGUGAACGCGCCCAUUAACUGUGUGUGCCUGCACCCCAACCAGGCAGAGCUCAUCGUGGGUGACCAAAGUGGAGCUAUCCACAUCUGGGACUUGAAAACAGACCACAACGAGCAGCUGAUUCCUGAGCCUGAGGUCUCCAUCACGUCUGCUCACAUCGACCCUGAUGCCAGCUACAUGGCAGCGGUCAAUAGCACCGGAAACUGCUAUGUCUGGAAUCUGACUGGGGGCAUUGGUGACGAGGUGACUCAGCUUAUCCCCAAGACCAAGAUCCCUGCCCACACACGCUACGCCCUGCAGUGCCGCUUCAGCCCCGACUCCACGCUCCUUGCCACCUGCUCGGCCGACCAGACGUGCAAGAUUUGGAGGACGUCCAACUUCUCCCUGAUGACAGAGCUGAGCAUCAGGAGCGGUAACCCUGGGGAGUCGUCCCGGGGCUGGAUGUGGGGCUGCGCCUUCUCGGGGGACUCCCAGUAUAUCGUCACUGCCUCUUCGGACAACCUGGCCCGGCUCUGGUGCGUGGAGACUGGAGAGAUCAAGAGGGAGUAUGGAGGCCACCAGAAGGCUGUCGUCUGCUUGGCCUUCAACGACAGCGUGCUGGGCUAGCCUGUGCCCUUCAGGACUGUGCCGGCCUACAGCUGGCACUGCCUGGUGCAGGUGGCACUGGCUGGAUAUACCUGCACAGCACCAGGUCAGAGUGAAACCCCACGGGCUAGCCUCUGCCAGCCCUGGCUAACCAGACCUGACUGGCUCCCCGGGCCAGCCCAACCUGCAGGCUGCUCCGCCCUGGGCUCUCUCAACCCACAGUUGCUUAUCUGGCUGUGACAGGGCCCAGGAGGUGGCCUGAGACUGGACUGGGACAGCCUGCACUCCUUUCAGAAAGUCUGGACCCCCAGGGCCUGGAGCUGUGGAGGGGUUUGAGUCUGGUGCCCCCCCAAGCCAGUGCUCUCCCCUCUCCUCCCCUCCCCACCCAUGUCAGGUCUAGAGGCCAUAGAGAACACCACCACAGCCAGGUGUAAGGGUUUAUUAGUCCCUGCCGGCAGCUGUCCUCCAUGCUGCUGGUGACCCAGCUGGCCCGCUAGACUGGGGACGGGCUGGGCUGGCCCAGGCGGCUUAGUCUGGGAGGUAAUAAAAGCAGACUGACACGCAGAUGUUGCUUGGGAAGCAGA